AGUAGACACGUUAAUUAAUUUUGCCACGUCUAAUUUACCAAAGUUCCCACAACGCACGCACAAAAUAUUAUUAUUAUUCGCAACAUCGUAGGCAGCGAUCUGCGCCCCUCCCAUGCAUCAUCGUACUUAUGUACUUGCAUCUUUGCCCAUUGACCCCGCCUGUCUUCCCACGUGGCCUUUUCGCGUGUUUCGUUGCCGGUGCCGUUCUCUGCUGAUCCGGUCGAUCUCGCGCGCCCUUGCUUCCCUCGGCUUGUCGAUCGGCUUGCCUGCUACUGCUACUACUACUACAGUACGUACCUAUGUAUGUAAUAUUACGGACCGAGGCUUGUAGGGGCUAGUGAUUAGACACCGGCCGGCAGAACAGACCGGAUAAGGCGGACUGGCGGCGCUUGUGGCUUGUUGGCUUCGUUCGGGACCGUUGUGAGAACGGGGCGGGU